AAAGAGGAAUAGUUACAUACCUUGAGAGGUUGACGCAUUCGUUCAUCAUGGCGUUGCAGUGAGCGUUGCAAGCAUGCGCACCUGCUCCUUAUUUGUAAUCACUUUAUAGUGUUCCUAACUGCGUCAUGCUUAAAGGGCUUAAGGCUCAAGCGCUUGCAUGUGACAGUGCUCGUAAUUGUUCACAUGCUAGGAAGGUGUGCACACCUUGCUCGCUAUUGCGUCGCCACUCAGUCACAAACACGAGGACGCCUUAUGGAAACUUCGGGAUUACCAGGGCGACGUUUACCCAGCUGUGUCGGCUGGCCGCGGCAGGGCAACACGAGCCUGGUGUGGAGGCGAGACAAGCGCCACCUAGCAAAGAACCAACCGUAGCAAGCAGCGUUCCAGACGUCCCAGAUCGGUUGCUGGGCGUCGAUUAUGGCAGAUCUACCACGGGACUGGCUGUGGGGCGAUCAGGUGUCUGCUCCCCUCUCAAGGUAAUCCCCACGCCGACAACCGCCAAGCUGUCCGACGUGGCUCGACAGAUCCUGGCAGAGGCUCUGGCGCAGGGGGUGACAGGCGUCAUGGUGGGGAUCCCGAUCAAGCCGGGGGGCAGCAUCUUCAAGCCGCAUACGGACUCCCCCAUGGGAGCCAGAUGCCGCAGUCUUGCGCACACGCUUGCGCUACUAGGGAAGCAGCAUGGGAUGCCCGUGUAUCUCUAUGAUGAGACGAACACGACACGUGCCGUCGUCAAGACCCUUGGUUACAAUUGGCAGGAUCGCAUGUCAUACAAAGAAAAGAUGGAACGUCGCGUGGAUGCAGAUAGCGCAGCCAUGCUGCUACGGCUGUACUACAGCAACCCUGGACACGCCAUACGUAUUAAGCCACGAGUUACC